GUUACCAAGCCAGUGUGUAUCACCAUGAAAUGCACCAAGGCCCUUGAAAUGCACAGAAAUGGGACCAUGCAUGUGCAGAGACCAGAGAGAGAGAGAGAGGGAGUUGCAAGUGCAUCCAGCUAAUAAGUGCUACCGGAGUUCGUUACACUACAUAAAUUAGGGUGUCAACUGAACAUCGCUGUUCAAAUUUACACUGUCCGAGCAUCUACCUAUAUCUAUCUAUUUAUAGCUCCCACACUCAAAAUGGGGCACUUGCAUCACGUACCACGCACGGACAGAUCAAUGGCGCUGCUCUUGUUGCUUGCUCUGCUUUCACUGUCUUCGUCGGCCGACGGCUGGACCAACGCCCACGCCACCUUCUAUGGCGGCGGCGACGCCUCCGGCACCAUGGGGGGCGCGUGCGGGUACGGCAAUCUGUACAGCCAGGGGUACGGCACGGACACGGCGGCGCUGAGCACGGCGCUGUUCGGCAACGGGCUGAGCUGCGGCGCGUGCUUCGAGCUGCGCUGCGCGGGGGGCGCCGGGUCGUGCCUGCCGCGGGCGGGCUCCAUCGUGGUGACGGCCACCAACCUUUGCCCGCCCAACUACGCGCUCCCCAACGACAAGGGCGGCUGGUGCAACCCGCCCCUCCACCACUUCGACAUGUCCCAGCCGGCCUUCCUCCGCAUCGCCCGCUACCGCGCCGGCAUCGUCCCCGUCGCCUACCGCCGGGUGGCGUGCAGGAGGAGGGGCGGCAUCCGGUUCACCAUCAACGGCCACUCCUACUUCAACCUGGUGCUGGUGAGCAACGUGGGGGGCGCGGGCGACGUGCACGCGGUGGCCGUCAAGGGCGGCCGGACGCGAUGGCAGGCCAUGUCCAGGAACUGGGGCCAGAACUGGCAGAGCGCCGCGCGCCUCGACGGCCAGCCGCUCUCCUUCGUCGUCACGGCCAGCGACAGGCGCUCCGUCGUCUCGCGCAACGUCGCGCCGGCCGGCUGGGCCUUCGGCCAAACCUUCACCGGCGCCCAGUUCCGUUGAGAUCCAUCCUGUACAGGGCUGCUUGGCUAUCUGCAUGCUGUGUAGUACAAUUAAUGCUCGCCGGGUUUCGUUUAACAACAAGUUCCCGGGA